UUUUGAAUUUUAGAUUUAUGAUUCAAUAAGGUGGGAAAAUAAAUGGUCUAAUGUUGAAGAGAUAAAAGAAUAAAUCAAACCUUAAAUUAAGACGAUUUUGAAGUUUCAAUCUAUAUUUAGCAUUCACCCUAACCCCUCGUCCUUCUUCUUCUUCCCCUAACUUGUACAAUAGAAUGUAAUUUAUUAAGAUAUGCUACUCGCUGAAUGUUUAUUAGCUAUCAAUUUUAUAUCGAUGAAUCAAAUCACAACAAGACUCAGAUUAUUCAUUCAUUUGGGGUUUAUUCAAGAACGUAGCUUUCUGUUCAAUUCACCAUUCAUUGAUCAAUGCCCCUUCUGGCUCUUCCUUUUUUCAUCACCAAUAGUAACAGGAGCUGAAGGAUUUUAAGAAGAGGAAAGAAUUAAACCUCACGCUUCUUAGAAAAAUGAAAAGCGAGCAUCACUUAACUCAAGAAGCAUCCAGAUAAAUGUUACAAAGUUCUAUCACUCAACCAGAGUUAAAAAUCAGUGAAAAUCAUAGAGAAGAAUUGUCUUGAAACUUUGACAGUGAAGGCAGUGAGCCUUGAAACUGAGGCCUUGAAGAACAAAAAAUAAAAAAAGAAAGUUUCAAGCUCUAAUUUUCAGAAUCGUAGAGAUUUUGCCUUUUAUUUGACUUGCGCUUGUUGUUCUUCGGAUCUUCUGGCACUAUUAAAUUUUUUGGAAGCAAUUGCAUAGUUCUAUUGACUUGUAGACCUUAUAAGUUUUUUACAUUUUUGCAUAGUCAUAGGCUAGUGAAUAUAUGUAACCAAAUAUUUCAGUUUCAUCUUGUUUGCUCCUACUUGAGUUUAAGAGGCAAGAUUCUAUUACUCUCUCUCACCAUGUAAUAUACACAAGCAAUAAUGAUAAAAUUCUGGAAUUUCAAUUGUUAAAUUUCUUGUUUUUGAUGUUAUUUCUACUUCAGUAUGUGUAAAAGAAAAGAAGAAUUUGCUCUAAGUGAACAAAAUCGUCCAAUCUUUAAGUUUCAGCUAUUGGGCGAGGGUUGAAUUAUGGCUUUAAAGUUUAAAAGAUCUAAAACUUAAAAUAAAUGUUUCAGAUUCUACAAAGAUAACUAUUUAUUGGUGCAUGGUCUUAUUGCACAUAAUUGGAUUCAACGUCGACAUGUAUGACAUAUUUUUCACUCAGCAUCCUGCCUCCAUAUAUGAAUCGUCAAGAGUUUUUGGGGCCAACUAUGGUGAGAUCUCUGCCAACAAUAUGGAUGAAGAAUUGAAAUGGGAUAUUGAUUUGAUACUUGAACAAUGAGGUGGACAUACUCUAAAGAGCGGCCUGCAGUCGAUCUAAUCCAAUGCUGCAAGGUGUUACCUAGCGUAGUGGUUGAUCAUUGGAUGUUCGAGAAGCUCUCUGGUUAAAAAUUUAUUGGAAUGAGAUCUACUUCUCGGUAUUAGACUCUCUUCUAUCAUGGAGUCUGAAAUGUCCCAGUCAGUGAAACGGAGGAAGUACAAUGGUCCAGCAGGCGGUGUCAAAGUGUUGGUUGUGGAUGCUAACUCGGCAUGCCGAGUAAUUGUAUCAAAAAUGCUUCUUUCACUUGGAUAUGAGGGUAAUUGUCACUUAUUCUAGAAGCCAAAAGUUGUUAUUAAAAUUUAUAUUUCUGGCUAGUAUGCUGCUUCUCAACUUCAAUCAGAUUUCGUUUCGACCUUAAAGUUUAUGACUCUCGCGAUUUAUAAUGUAGUUUAUUUUGGAUUUAUUUUUCGUAAAUUUUUUAUCUCAACAUUCUUCCACUUCUAGUUGUGCCUGCUUCACUAGCUUUCGACGCAUUAUCCAUUAUAUGGGAUAAGAAGAAUGAGAUUAACCUUGUGCUUGUGGAGGCUCAGCUACCAGACAUGGAAAUACAUGAGUUCAUGGAGAAAGUGAAAGAAAGCGCUAAUCUUCCAUGUUUCAUUAUGACUUCUUACGAUGACAACAUUCCAUCCAUAUCGAGAGCACUGAGUACGGGAGCUAAAUUGUGUUUUAGAAAGCCGGUUCUUCUUUUUGAUCUCCAGGAGCUGUGGCGGUUUGCAGUGUGAACAGAAUUGAAACAAUGUUCAGUGCAGAAGAAUCUAGCUUCGGUCGGCGUCAGUCGAAGAUGAUUACGGUUAACAAGGGUCUCGAGUCCCAAUCAUCCAUCAAUACAAAAGUACAGUCUCUCCAAUAUGCAAAUGGCAAGAUACAAGAAUCUCCUGAUGCAGAUACCACAUUACUCCCGAGAAAGAGAAGGCGUACCUGGACUGAUGACUUACAUAGGAAGUUCUUGGAAGCUGUUGAAACAGCAGGAAUCAACGCUCGUCCGAAGGUGAUAUUUGAGCUUAUGGAUGUCGAAGGACUUACAAAAGAGAGCGUCGCAAACUAUUUGCAGAAAUAUCGUCAAUCUAUGAAACUACGAGCUAGUGCAAUGGCUCAGCAUGUGAAUGGAUAUGUGUCUCUGACUAAGAAACGAGGAAAAGGCCCUCUAUUCUUUAAGAAUCAAGAUGCAACUAAGAAUCCCUCUAAUCUCAGUGAUGGUAUGCCUGUGCAAGCUUCUGAUUCGUCUGCACUAUAUGCUUCCCUGGGAAGCUCAAAUUAUCAGGAGUCACCUUUCGAGCAAAGCCAAAUGUACCCGCCAUUGAAACAGCAACGUGUUGAAAAACAAUUGGAUUUUCGAACACUGCUGGCCUUUGACAUGAACGAUCAGUUUUACCCGGCACUUCCUAUUGCUCUACUACCACCAGAAAAAGAUAAAAAGAUUGAUGAAAUUUUUUAUUCAAAACAGAUGUUUACUGAUGAGGAUUUGAAUAUGUGGUUGUCAACAAUUCCAGACAAUGUGGAUGAUGAUGGUAAUGAUAAUACUUUUGCUUGAUGCUGUCGAAGGCUGGCAGGAGAAUAAGGAUUUAAUAUGCAUUUCAAUAACACUUUUUUUCUGGCACUUUUUGCAUUGAGAAAUUGAUCUUAGUUAUAAUAUGUAAUUGUUGGUUUUUUCAUUUAAGUUGUUUCAUAUGGAACUUGAAUAAAGACAAGGGCAACAGCAGCAAUUAUAUCUUGUGAAAUCUUAAACAGGGGAAUCACAUUCUGUUAAUAAUAAAUACACAUUAUGAUUCUACAUCCAAGGUGUUCUUGGCCUACAACUAUGGUUGUUGUGAUUAUAUGUUUUGAUGCUUUCCUAUUAGAAAGUGUAUUAUGGAGUUAUUCCGGUUAUGGAACUUUUGUUGCUUACUUUUCUAAGUUAGUUUUGCUAUGCAUAGUCGGUCAAAGCCCAGGUAAAAAGAAAGGAUUGUGUUACGCAGUCGACAACUAACGUAAAACUUUGUCGAAUCUCAUGGAUCAACUAUGAAAUAUGUGAAUGAUAGGUCGUUGCAUGUAAGCAACGUGCUGACAUGGAUCAACUAUGAAAUAAUGUGAACGAUAAGUCAUUGUUUGUAAGCAACGCGCUGUAUGACUUGAGUACAGUGUCAAAAGAGCAAGGGCUGCUACGUUGCCGCUUGAAUGCAGUGAAAACUAAGCAAUGUUGCACACAUUG